AUGGCGUCGUCUGGGGUUUCGCUCUGCUUCUGCUUGUUCCUCGCUCUGUGCUUCACCACGAUCCGCGCCGAAGAGGCUGAAUCGAAGGAGUUCGUGCUCACUUUGGACAGCUCCAACUUCUCCGACACUGUGAGCAAGCACGACUUCGUCGUCGUCGAGUUCUACGCCCCCUGGUGUGGCCACUGCAAGAAGCUUGCUCCGGAGUAUGAAAAAGCUGCAUCUAUUUUGAGUAGCAAUGACCCACCAGUCAUUCUAGCAAAAGUUGAUGCCAAUGAAGAAGCAAACAAAGGACUUGCCUCUGAAUAUGAGGUUAAGGGUUUCCCCACAAUCAAGAUUCUGAGAAAUGGUGGGAAGAUUAUCCAAGAAUACAAGGGCCCUCGUGAAGCCGAUGGUAUUGUUGAUUAUUUGAAGAAACAAAGUGGUCCAGCUUCUGCUGAAUUAAAGACUGUUGAAGAUGCAACUAAUCUUGUUGGGGACAAGAAGAUUGUUGUUGUUGGGGUGUUCAAGAAGUUCUCUGGAGAGGAGUUUAAUAACUUCACAGCUCUAGCUGAGAAAUUGCGGUCUGAUUAUGAAUUUGGUCACACUCUGGAUGCCAAGCUCCUUCCACGUGGUGAAUCAUCAGUGUCUGGGCCUGUAGUUAGACUCUUCAAGCCAUUUGAUGAGCUUUUUGUUGAUUUUGAGGAUUUUCAUGUGGACGCUCUAGAGAAGUUUGUUGAAGAAUCUAGUUUGCCCGUUAUUACUGAAUUCAACAAUGACCCAAGCAAUCACCCUUUUGUUAUCAAGUUUUUUAAUCAUCCAAAUGAGAAGGCCAUGUUGUUUCUGAACUUCAGUAGUGAGGGUGUUGAUGCUUUCAAAUCAAAAUAUCGUGAAGUUGCUGAGAAAUAUAAUAAAGAAGGCAUAAGCUUUCUAAUUGGCGAUCUUGAGGCUAGUCAAGGUGCAUUCCAGUAUUUUGGACUUAAAGAAGACCAAGUGCCUCUCAUCAUCAUUCAGACAAAUGAUGGAAAGAAGUUUCUGAAACCUAAUGUGGAGCCAGAUCAUAUCAUAGCUUGGGUGCAGGAAUACAAGGAAGGGAAAGUAUCACCAUACAAGAAGUCUGAACCUAUUCCUGAGCCUAACAAUGAGCCUGUAAAAGUGAUAGUCGCUGACAGCAUCCAGGAUGUUGUUCUCAAGUCUGGGAAAAAUGUGUUGCUCGAGUUUUAUGCUCCUUGGUGUGGACAUUGCAAGAAGCUUGCUCCAAUUUUGGAUGAACUUGCUGUCUCAUACGAAAAAGAUUCUGAUGUUAUUAUUGCAAAAUUUGAUGCCACUGCAAAUGAUGUGCCAAGUGAUUUCGAUGUCAAAUACUACCCGACUUUGUUCUUCAAGACAGCAAGUGGAAAGAUCUUGCCAUUUGAUGAGGAUGAGAGGACCAAGGAAAGCUUCACUGCCUUCAUCGAAAAGAACCGGGACAAAACUGAGAAACAAGGGUCGGAGAAACAAGAUUCCGGCAAAGAUGAGCUCUAA